AUGGGAAAGAAGCGAGCCAUCAUCACCUACGGAGUCGAUGUCGACGCCAUCUCAGGCUGGAUCGGCUCCUAUGGUGGCCAGGACUCAGCCGGUGAUAUUGCGCGAGGUUGGUUCGGCGGCACAGUUGGCGUGGAGCGGAUGCUCAAGGUCUUUGCCAAAUAUGACAUCAAGACCACCUGGUUUAUCCCUGGCCAUUCUCUCGAGACCUUUCCGGAACAUAUGAAGAUGGUUCUAGAUGCUGGUCACGAGUUCGGACUCCACGGUUACACCCAUGAGAACCCCAAUGCUAUGAGCGUUGAGCAGCAGCGAGACGUUCUCGAUAAGAGCUACAGACUGAUGACUGAGUUUACUGGAAAGCCCCCACGCGGUAUGGUGGCGCCCUGGUGGGAGACUAGCUUUGAGGGAACCCAGCUAUUGCUCGAGUACGGUAUCGAGUAUGACCACAGCCUGGGACAUCACGAUUGCCAAUGCUACUACCCUACAAUUGGCGACACCUACACCAAGAUCGACUACUCCCAAAAGGCCGAGACGUGGAUGAAGCCUUUUAUCAAGGGAAGGCCUACCGGGUUGGUUGAGAUUCCUGGGAGCUGGUACAUUGAUGAUCUCCCUCCGAUGAUGUUCAUCAAGUCCGCCCCCAACAGUCAUGGUUAUGUCAAUCCAAGGGACGUCGAAGCUAUCUGGAAAGACCACUUUGAGUACUACUACCGGGAGUACGAUGAUUUCAUCUUCCCUAUUAGUAUUCAUCCUGAUGUGUCUGGUCGCCCCCAUGUCGCCCUGAUGCAUGAACGGUUGAUUGAGUGGUUCAAGACGUUUGAAGGUGUUGAGUUCAUGACCAUGGAGGAGGUGUGCGAUGAUUUCAAGGCAAAGAAUCCUCCAGAGAAAGGUGCUCUUCUUCCGGCCGAAGCAGGGCUGAAGCUAAGAGAGGGAAAUUAG